AUGCUGAUCCCAUUUUCAAUGAAGAAUUGCUUCCAGUUACUUUGUAACCUCAAGGUCCCAGCAGCUGGCUUUAAGAACACAGUAAAAAGUGGGCUCAUUUUACAGUCCAUUUCCAGUGAUGUUUAUCAAAAUCUGGCUGUAGAAGACUGGAUCCAUGACCAUAUGAAUCUAGAAGGCAAGCCGGUUCUUUUCUUGUGGAGAAAUUCCCCCUCUAUUGUAAUAGGUAGGCAUCAGAAUCCUUGGCAGGAAUGCAACCUGAAUCUGAUGAGAGAAGAAGGUAUAAAACUGGCUCGGAGAAGAAGUGGAGGAGGAACAGUCUACCAUGAUAUGGGUAAUAUCAAUUUGACUUUUUUUACAACCAAAAAAAAGUAUGAUAGAAUGCAGAACCUAAAAUUAGUUGUGAGGGCUCUGAAUGCUCUCCAACCCCAGCUGGAUGUACAGGCCACCAAAAGAUGUGACCUUUUACUGGAUGGACAGUUUAAAAUCUCAGGAACAGCUUCUAAGAUUGGCCGGACUACUGCUUACCACCACUGCACUUUAUUGUGUAGUACUGAUAGAACCUUCUUGUCGUCUUUGCUGAAGAGCCCUUACCAAGGGAUCAGGAGCAAUGCCACUGCUAGCAUACCUUCCACAGUAAAAAACCUUUUGGAAAAAGAUCCCACUCUGACCUGUGAAGUACUCAUGAACGCUAUUGCGACAGAGUAUGCUGCUUAUCAUCAAAUUGAUAAUCAUAUCAAUCUAAUAAACCCAACAGAUGAGACACUGUUUCCUGGAAUAAAUAACAAAGCCAAAGAACUACAGACCUGGGAGUGGAUAUAUGGCAAAACUCCAAAAUUUAGUAUAAACACUUCCUUUAAUGUAUUAUAUGAACAGUCGCAUUUGGAAAUUAAAAUAUUCAUAGACAUAAAGGGUGGAAGGAUUGAAAUCUGUAAUAUUGAAGCACCUGAUCAUUGGUUGCCACUGGAAAUAUGUGACAAAUUAAAUUCAAGUUUUAUUGGCAGUAAGUUUUGCCCAAAUGAAAUUACUGUGCUAACAAAUAUUUUACAUAGAACAUGUCCAGAAGAUGAUGAACUACACAGUAAAUGGAAUAUUCUCUGUGAAAAAAUUAAGGGAAUAAUGUGAUUCCAAAUAAAUUUAAUAUUUAGUUUUUAUGAGAUAAUAAAAUGUUCAAAGUACAUUGUAUGUCUUUUUUUUUUAGUAAUCUCUACACCCAACAUGGGGCUUGAACUCACAACCCUGAGAUCAAGAGAUCAAGAGUCAUAUGCUCUACCAACUGAGCCAGCCAGGCAUCCUCAUCAUUUGUCUCUUAAAAAAGACCUAGCCUCUUUCAGUAACUAUUCCCCAUUAGGAACUGUCACCUAGUCCAUAGUUUCUUAUGGCCUGUAGGAUACUCUCUUUUUUCAAUGAUUUUUUUUUUUUUUAUCCAGCACACAUAUAUCUGCUCCUUUCUCUGUUACCAUCAUGGGGGUGUAUAUGAUAUUCAACACUGUGAUCUCUGAGUUAGUUCUUUUUCUUACCUCUAAGGAAUAUAACCCAGGCUUCUUGUCACCUCUGAUACCUUAAACUCUAAAAUUCUUCCUUUUAACUAUACAGUUGACCCUUGAAUAGUGGGUUUGAACUGCAUGGUUUCAAUUAUAUGUAAAUGUUUUACAGUGCUAUAAAUAUAUUUUCUCUCAUGAUUUUUAAGUAACAUUUUUUCUAGCUUUAUUGUAAGAAUACAGUAUAUAAUACAAAAUAUGUCUUGAUGAUUACUAGUAAAGCUUCUGGUCAAUAGGCUACUAGUUAAGUUUUUGGGGAGUCAAAAGUUCUAUGUGGAUUUUCAACUGUGCCAUGGUCAGCACCUCUUAACCCCCACAUUAUUUGUCAGCUGAACUUUCUUAUCGACCAUCCUUUCCUGUUAAAUUAAGCCCACUGCACUUUUCUAAGCCCUUAACCCUCCAAAUCUCUUGCUUCAUCUCCCUUCCUAUCCAUCCCUGAAUUCUUUCAAGUAUACUGUCUUAUCUUACCAGCAUUCUCAUUUGCUUUUCUCUCCUGACCUACAAUGGCCAUUGUUUUAUUAUUAUUAUUCCAUCAACUGGUAUUUUACUCCUGUCAUACCCAAAUGGCAGGCAAUGCUGGAAGAAAAUUCACAUAAUCAUGCAGAUUAACCCAAUUUCAUAUUUAUAUUUAUCCCCUAUUUGUGUCAGAUUCAAUUCCUCUCCAUUGACUCCCUCAUUUUUCAGAGGCCUUAUUCAUAAAUGUUUCCACUUAUCUUAAACUCAGAACUCCACUUCUCUUGUCACAAACCUUGACUCAUAAUUUGACAGUGGAGGCCUUCAUAAAUGAGCUCCUUCAGCACCCGAUUUCCUCUCAACAUUUUUCAUUCAUUCUCAAAUAACACCUUUUCCUUAAGGCUAGUUGUACCUGGAUCUUUGUCCUUUCCAACCUAUUUGGGCCUUCUACUAUUAAAUACUUAUUUUUCUUUAUCUUACAUUUUCUCUCUUCACUUACUGGAUCCUUACACAUAGUGAAUGAACAUGCUUAUGUCUCCUUUCCCCAGAACCCCUGCCUAAGGUUUUGUUGUGUCUCUACAUCUCUUCAUCGCCAAAUUUCUUCAAGGAGUAACAUCACUGCCAACCACUUCGUGUCUCUGCAGUUCAUUCACAUACUACUCUGAUUUCUACAGUAUUUACUGUGUGUUUUUUGAAUGCCUACUAUGUGCCAGGUACUUUGUAGUUGUUGGAUGUUCAUGGUGAAUGAAAGAGACUUACUGACCUCAGGAAUUGACAGUUUAGUGUACUGGCUUUCGAACUCCUUAAAAACUAGAGUAAAAAAAUAUUUUAUAUUAUAUAUUAGCACAGAUAUUAUCUAUACCUAACAAGUUUUACAAUGCAAUGUUUAUCCUAUACUAUUUCCUUAUUUGACAUUUUAUAUUUGAUUUUAUUUCAUCUUUUAAAAAUUAUUUUAACACCCAAUAAUAGGUCAAGACCGGAGUUUAAGAAACAGGAGCCUAGGGCGCCUGGGUGGCUCAGUUGGUUAAGCGACUGCCUUUGGCUCAGGUCAUGAUCCUGGAGUCCCGGGAUCGAGUCCCACAUCAGGCUCCCUGCUCAGCAGGGAGUCUGCUUCUCCCUCUGACCCUCCUCCCUCUCAUGCUCUCUGUCUCUCAUUCUCUCUCUCGCAAAUAAAUAAAAUCUUAAAAAAAAAAAAAAGGAAACAGGAGCCUAAUAGGAAAUGUGGACAAACAAAUCAGUAUAUAAUUAUAAAGCAAGAAAAGCCUGGGUAGUUCUAACAGACAAUAAUAGGGGCUGCCUCGCUAGAGCUAUCAGGGAGCGGACAUUGAAAUGGAGACCUGAAGAAUGAGAAGAAAGCAGCCAAGCAGAGGAGUGGGGAGGAGAGUAUUCCCAGUUUUAUCAGUUAUUUGCCUCUUUUAACAAACCACUCCAAAACUUAGUGGCUUAAAACAACAUUUAUUUUAUUCACAAAUCUACAAUUUGAGCUUUGAUGGGGAUAGCACAUAUGAUCCAGUGGCAUUGGCUAGGACAGCUUAAAGAGCUGAAAUACC